AAUGGAGAAAAAAGAGAAUAAGUGGGUGAGGAAGAGGACCUAUUGCUGGCCUAUGUCAAGCACCCUGAGCUGUCUACACCUCCAAGUGUUCAAUCAGAUAAUCUAGAAAGAAACUGACAGCACCAGUACUCUCGUGCCGAUGUUGCUGUCUGCAUUGAUGGUCUUGCUGUGCUCUGGUUUGUUUACGACUAUUCAUUAAUUUUUGAUACUGUAACACUGUCGUUCCUAUCAACCCACAGCGGUAUUGUGCAUUGCACAAGCAUCCAACGGGUGGGGUAAGGCGCUGGGUAAUAUCAGAAUGAAAUUCACCGUACAAGUCACGGAUCCGGAAGAACAGAACUCACCUCCUAUGUCCCCAAUGCUGAAACGCAUACUAUCAUCUCGUGUUGUGUAUGCAGUAUCUCUCCCACCUCCAAGACGGAAGAAUGGCAUCUGGAAGGUACAUACAUGGAUGCUACUCGGCUUGAUCAUUACAGGAUUCCUCCUUCUCUGGUUGUCGUUCACGCACCUAGGACCCAUAGGGGAACGGUUUUUGCCAAUGAAAUCUUCGCUUCCCACCUCAUCCAUCAUCACACCAUACAAGGACACCAACGCACUGGACGCAAGAAAACCACACUAUUCGGACAAUCUGUAUGGUGUUGUUUUUGAUGCUGGGAGCACCGGUACGCGUGUUCACGUUUUCGAACUCAGUCGGGAAAACCCAAAUGAAGCAUACACACUAACCGAUGAGCUUUUCGAACAAGUAAAUCCCGGCUUGUCAGCCUAUGCAGACUCGCCGGAAAAGGCUGGUGCAAGCCUGGAUCCCCUUCUACGGGCAGCCGAGGCUCGAGUUCCUCGCGGCUGGUGUUCCAAUACGUCUGUGGUGCUCCGAGCAACCGCCGGUCUCCGAUUGUUGCCUCUCGACAAAGCCGACGGCAUAUUAAAUGCGGUUCGUCAGAAGCUAUCAGGGUCUUGUUUGGUAAAAACACCGAACUCUGUGUCGAUCUUGGAUGGUCACCAAGAGGGUUUGUAUUUGUGGAUCAGUCUCAACUUCAUGGCAAAUCGUCUGCCUAGUCCUAUCGGGUCAGGAAUCACUGUAUCUGAAACUGCCCUGGAUCGCACUUUCGGAACAUUGGAUCUGGGCGGUGGAUCUACGCAAAUCACCUUCGCUCCGGUCAGUUUGGACGUGCUGCUUCGAGCCCCACCCGGUUUUGCCACUGCUAUUGACUCUGGUGAGGUCGUCUUGUCGAAGGACCAGAUUCUUCCGGGAAAACACGUCUAUUCCCAAAGCUACUUGGGUCUGGGUUUAAUGUCUGCGAGGUUCUCCGUCCUGCACACCAUAUCGAAACGCCUCCCAGCCUUACUUGCUGUUACACAGGAGCUCUAUACACCUUGCUUCCCUCCAAGUGCUUCUGUCGACUGGUCCCACGCUGGACGAAACUGGAAGGUCAGACAUCUCCCGUGGAAUCAAUCUGAAGGCCUUUUGCUCCAGCAGGAAUUGAAGGAUGCCACUGCCUCACUGGAAUUAAACCCAACGCCUCGCAUCUUAACUUCGUGCUACGCAUUUGCAAGAAGCGUUCUGCGCGAUCCUGUUGAUGGUGACUCUGCUUCCCCUGUCUACGCACCGCAUGCAUUCGUUAUACAUCGCCCCGAGGGCAUUGCUGACCGAGAAUUCUACGCCUUUUCGUAUAUUUUUGAUCUCGCCUUGCACGUUGGUCUCAUUCAAGAUCACUCAGGCGGCCAGGUGACACUUGCUCAGUUCCGCGAUGCAGCCGACAGAGUCUGUUUGAAACCCAAUCCAGAACAGCCGUUUGAGUGCAUGGAUUUGACUUUUAUCACUGCCCUUCUCCACGACGGCUACGGCUUUCCCUGGCAUAAGAGCAUCACGCUACAAAAGAAGAUCAAAUCGUUUGAAGUCAGUUGGGGCUUGGGAGCUUUGUUUGCUGAACUUUCAAUGCGCCGUCGUUCAUGAGACAUCCGAUUCACUCCUAGCGUUUUCAACCUCAUGUCCGACCGUUUUGUCUUCUCCCUAACCCUAUCUGUCUUCCACUGUCUCUCCAUUACGUUGUUUCACUUACGCUUAUUUUUUUUCAAAUAUCUUGGCGUGUGUGUAUGUCCCACACCCAAACUAGUCUUUUUUGUGCAUCUACUACUUCGGGCUUUCAACUUUCAAUACAGUGGACAUGAAUGUGGUGAGAACAAUAAAUAUUGUUUGUGU